CUUUUCAGCACCCGUAGUGCACGGCGUGCAUUGACAAGGUACUGACAAGUCUGCUUAAUGGUUAUAAGGCUUUAGGCACAAUCUGAAUCGCCCUCAUGUCACUAUCCCACUCGGCACGUUUUGUCUUGAUGUUUCUCCUAAUAAAUGGAUGAAAGGCACAGAGUCCAAGAUGUCUUUAUCAUCGGAGGAUGCCUAUAAGCUCCGGAAGAAGUAACACAAGGAGAUGGAAGACACGUUCUCUUUCUUGAAGCAUCUGUACAGGAAUGUACUCCAAGCAGUCCCCUUACCUGAAGACGUAGAGAAAUAUGCCUCUUUGUUGGCCCCUCGGAUUCCAGAUGUGCCGUUAGAAGGUCCAGGAGAAGUGCCGUAUUCUUGGCAUCAGCACGAUGUGACGUUGCUCCAGCUCUCUCUCAUCCAGAUGUUGGCCUCUAAGGCAGAGAACCCAAGCACAGAACCUGCAGUGAAACGUCAGUAUGUCCAUCUAGUGGAACUGCUGCAGCACAAUGGUGUGGAAACCACAAUAAUCCGAUUCUUUGACACUCCUGACAAGGUGCUGACCCACCUGUCCUCUAAGUGCCUCUCCAGUUUGGUGCUACUUCAGCUGAAGUGCCAGAAAGAGGUUAAUAGCCAAUGGCUCCAGUUUUGCCUGAAAACCCUUGAAGGGUAUCCGGUUUGCCGCAUGUUACUGCCAUGUCUGACAUCUCUGAUCUAUGUGUGUAAAGGAAUCCUCAGGGACAAGGACUUUCAUCAUGCAGACAUCCCACUGAAGCUCUUGGGUCCUCUGCAUCCUGUUUUUGGAACCUUCUGCUCUUCCCUGCUGUCAGCGACCCAACGCCAGUCUGCGACGCAAGACUCUGAAUCUGUCAACCUCCUUUCCUGUGUCCUUGAUUUGCUCGAGAUAUUGGUUGCUCUGCGGGUAGAGCUUGGAUCAACGUUCUCUCUGUGCCACCAUGUUCUAUCUGUGUCUCUACCACAGGCUUUAGACAUUGUGUCCUCCCCUGUCCCAUACUUUGUAAAAAAGCAAUUUAUCUUGGUGCUAAAGAAAUGUCUUCUACACAAAGCUGGGGAAGAUUUCCUCCCUUCUGCACACCCCGUGUCGCAUCAGCCAGAUCCGGUGUUAGAACAGCACACAAGUGUCCUGGCAGAGGCGCUGCUGGGCGCUGUAAGUCAGGGUUGGCUGCUUCAAGUGCCUGUACGUGACAGACCCAGCAACUUUGGAGGUGCUAAUGAUACUCCAGAAUCCAGCCCUGACCUUGGCAUUCUGGGAGCUGUGAGUCUUUGUGCGCUUAAGGCUCUGGAAGUCAAGCUUCUCACUGGAACCAAAAUCAGCGCUGUGACAGUAUAUUUGCAGACUUUCAUGGGCCAGUUACUGCCUUAUCUAAAGCGCCAUCUGCAGUGGAGUGAACAGGUCCACCCAUGCGAGUGGGUGUCCGUGACCUUCAUGGAGCAGGAUGAUGACAUGUUGGACGUGGCAAAGUGUUUGUUGCAGAUGUAUAUUCAGUGUCACAGCCACUUUUCCUCCACUGAAGAUCAGAUGGAAAACCGGAGCAAUAUUUUUCAUCAAAUGGGCUGCAACCCUCACUGUGUCUUUUUGCUGUUUCUGAAAAACGUGGCGUUUGAUGCCUCUGUUCUUCUGGAUUUUCUCAUCUCUUCUGAGACCUGCUUCCUGGAAUAUUUUGUCAGAUACCUGAAGCUUCUCAAAGAAGAAUGGCCUCAAUUCUGCCUCAUUUGUAGGCAGUUUGACGAGUUGGGCUCCGGUCUGACGCGUACACCUCUCAGUGAUCCUCUGACCCCUUCUCAACUUCAAGCACACACUGUAGGAGCGCUCAGCAGCUGUCCAGCUGAGCACUCGUGUGUCCCGGUGACUGGGGGAAAUGCCAUUCACUCAGCACCUUCUCACCCAUGUGAUUACUUAUCCUCGUUGGAUGCCCUUCAACGCCUCGUAGCGUACGACAGCUCAGACAACUCCGACUCCGAAUGUGCAGAGAAGGAGCCAUCUGUCAUUGUGCAGACUCACGUGGCUGACGGUACAGACCUAGAUAAGCAGACAGGCAAACCGCAACCGAAGACAGGCUUCGGUAUCACACCAGCAACUGAAAGCACUGCGAGUAACACUCACCCCAUGUUGGGCAAUCAAAAUAAAUUAACAAGGUGCUUGGGAGAACUACAGGACGCCAUUUCUAAACUGCAGAGCAAGCAACUAUUCCCAUACAACCCAUCUGCAUUACUGAGAUUGCUAUCGCAGGUCAGCGCACUGAACAGAGACACCCACUGAGGAAUAAUAAUCUGCCCAAACCACCAUCCCCACUGCAUUAUGUAUUGUUAGACCUGCAAGAAGAAAUCGCUUAGUAGUUCAACAUCGUCCUGCUGUCUGUGUAUAUUUACAUACCCAAUCUCCUAAUAAAGGUACCUAACU